CCGGCGCGCUCGGGCCGGCGCAUGCUCGCGCGCGCGACCGCGCAGAUCGUGCACCGCCGCGCGCGCGACGCGGGCGCCGCGCUCGCGAAGCGAACGUUGGGAAAAGAAAUAAGCGCGACGCGUCGAAGCGACCGCACGACGACGACGACGCGCGCGAUGUCGCGAUUCGGGGACGUCCCGGAAGCGCCGAAGGACCCGAUCCUGGGGAUUUCGGAGAUGUUUAACGCGGACGCGCACGCGGAGAAGAUGAAUCUCGGGGUGGGGGCGUAUCGGGAUGAUAACGGUAAGCCCGUGGUGUUGAAUUGCGUGCGCGAGGCGGAGAAGCGCAUCGCGGGGAACUUUAACAUGGAGUAUUUGCCCACGAACGGGUCGAAGGAUUUCGUUCAGCAGUCUUUGAAAUUGGCGUUCGGGGAGAAUUCCGCGCACGUCGCCGACGGUAGCAUCGCCGCCGUUCAGUCGUUGUCUGGCACGGGCUCGUGCCGGUUGAUGGCGGAGUUCCAACGGCGAUUCAUGCCGGGCUGCAAGGUGUACAUCACCGUGCCGACGUGGAGUAAUCACCACAACAUUUGGCGCGACGCCGGGUGCGAACAAGACACGUUUCGUUAUUACAAGGAAUCAACGCGCGGGCUCGAUUUCGAAGGGAUGGUCGAAGACAUCCAAAACGCCCCGGACGGAAGCAUGUUCUUGUUGCACGCGUGUGCGCACAAUCCGACUGGCGUCGAUCCUUCGGCGGAGCAGUGGCGCGAAAUUUCCAAAGUCAUGAAGGCGAAGAAUCACUUCGCCUUCUUCGACAUGGCGUACCAAGGCUUCGCCUCGGGCGAUUGUGAACGUGAUGCGCAAGCGAUCAGAAUCUUUGUUGAAGACGGACAUAAGGUCGCGCUCGCACAAUCCUUCGCGAAGAACAUGGGCUUGUACGGCCAACGCAUCGGCACCGUGAGCGUGAUGUGCAAAGAUAAGGAAGAAGCCAACCGUGUCGAGUCGCAACUCAAGGUGAUCGCGCGUGCGAUGUACUCGAACCCACCCAUGCACGGUGCGCUCAUCGCUUCCACGAUUCUCGGCGAUGCCGCGCUCAAGGCGCAGUGGUACGAGGAAGUGAAGGGCAUGGCGGAUCGCAUCAUCAAAAUGCGAACGCUCUUGCGUAAGAACCUCGAAGAAAGCGGUUCGACCCUUCCGUGGCAGCACGUCACCGACCAAAUCGGUAUGUUCUGCUUCAGUGGGAUGACUGGCGAGCAAGUGGAUAAAUUGCGAACCGACCAUCACAUCUACAUGACUCGUAACGGCAGAAUUUCUAUGGCGGGCGUGACGAGCUCGAACGUCGGUCGCUUAGCCGCGGCGAUGCACGAAGUGACGAAAUAGAGUUUCAAUAAGCACGACGAUACGAUAAUCGA